UACAGUUGAGAUCGUACCCAACUUGGCUGACAUAUGGCAUGGCAUAUGCGUAAUGUUAAUUCUAACUAGCUUUGUUGCACAUAAAUAGACUGAAGGAAAAACGAAAAAAGCAAAUCGAAUGCGUCCGACUAGAAUCAGCUGUUUCAGAUUGUACGGUUUUAAUAUGAACAGGGAACACAGCUCUUAUCCGAGAAGUACAUCCCUUUCGAUAUUUCCGGUUCUUUCUCUAACUUUUCCCAAUCUCUUAAAUUUUCCCGAAUUUUUAAUUUCUCCUCGCGCUCUGUUUGGCUUUCGCGCAUUUGUCGUAUUCGUGCUAAUUGCUUGUUACUAGCCCGAGCGACUAAGCGCUAAAUAGAUGUGCUCCGAACAUAGACUCCGAACUUAGACGCUGUUGGUCGCAGAUUGACUUUCACCUUUGCUCCCUCUAUUUUUCUCCAUGACAUAAGGUUCGCUCUAAGUGUGUGAGAGGGUAGCGACUGACCUUAUGAGCCUUCUCUUCGGUGUUGUGAGAGAUGUGCAUGUCUCUUUUCUUUUGAAUUGUAGCUAGAGUCGUUGAUAGGUGGCGUUACCAUCGUGAGAUCUGAGGGUCUGGGGUCAGUACGCACUCGGAGGUAGCUGUAACCGGCAGAGCCAUAGACAGCCAACCAACCAACCAGCCGUCCAACCAGCCUACGAACAGCCGUUACGGCGGGCAACCCGUGCUUGUCGCUCUCGUGUCAGACGUGCAGCAGGCGAAUUGUCCAUAGAACACACGGCUGAACUGAAGCGACACAAAACAGUAGGUACCUGCUCUCCUUUCCUAUCUGACUAGCCGUUUGCUGGGUAAGCAGCAGGUCAGCAAGCGGAAAGACCGCAAGGCCAACAGGCAGGCCAAAGGCCAAGCCAAGGAGGCCAGCCAGACGGACGUUCAACAAGUGAAGUUUCGUUUGGCGCCUGAUUGCGUCGCGCCGUCAUACUGUCGUCGCCGUCUUGACUGUGGACAUGGCGGUGCCUUGAAUGGACCGAGAUCAUGCUUGCAGCAUGCGGUGUAGCACGGUAAAGGGCGAGUGGGAAGCCGCAUCAACUGUUGUUGCUAUUGUUACCGCCGCUACUGUUGCAAGUUUCUAACGGUUCAUUUUGGAAAACGAGGGAGUCGGGUGGCCGCGGUGAUGCUCCUGAUGCGAUCCGGCGAAUGUCUGCUGAUGGCACUUCUGAAUGCUCUUACUGCACAGACAGCAACUCAUAGCGACCCUACAUUACUGCCAGCUGAAUAACACUGCUUCCGCUGCUGGCAGAACUGCACCGUUGUCCCAGGACUUCGGCUGCUGUUACCUAUCGCUGUUGUCGCAGUCGUCGUUGGAGUCAGAGAUUUAGAGCGAGUGAAACUAUCACUGCCAUUUCCACCGUCGCUGCCGUUGAGGCCGCAGCAGCCUUCUGCCAUCACCUAGUCGCCAGACAAAGGAUUCCUUUUCCAGCCUCGUGGAGAGAGUGGGCAAUAAGGGGAGCCGCGAGAACUGAGAUCUCAGAGCGCACUGGCUGAGGGUGGAUGGCAGCGCGUCACAAUCGGGUGGCAGAUUUGCAUAGGUUAACACUUAUCAGGAGCAAGCAGGAUGGAAAUGAUCACUUGUGGUUUCAGGAGAGCAUGUUAUUAGUGGCCACCGGACAAGCAGCAACAGUAAUGGUAGGGGAGUCGUUGGCUAACGCUGACGACGAAGACGGUAAAAAAGCUAGUUGUCAAACCGACAACAGCGAGGGCCUAACAUAACGCACGAGUAAGGGAGUGGUGUCGUCAUUUCGCGCUCAUCACCGUACAUUGCAAUCGAAGCCAUAUUGGUUAGAGCGGCUAAGUACAGAAUAAUUGUACCUUUGUCUCCGUAAUUAAAUAGUUGCGGUAUUGUUCAUAAUGAAAUAGCUCAUAGGUUUCAAACGCUCCCAUGGUUUAUUCGUUCGUUGUUAUUGAAGUGUGUUGUUAGGCAUCUUAAGUGCCGGUGCGUGUUAGAAGUGGUGAAACUAGUUAAUGUCACACAAUGAUCAGUGCCGAUUUGUGAGUUGUUCUUGUGUCACCCGUCUGGGCUGCUUGUCAACGAAUAAUUAGAAAAAGAAGAAGAAGCCGAUCAAACUAAGCAGUCUGUAUUAAAUCAGUUCGUUUCUCUUUGCCUGCCUGUCUGUCUCCCUCUCUCCCUCUCCUCUCUCUUUCCUAUCUCGCUUUCGCUCUGUCUGUCUGUCUGUCUGUCUGUCCGUCCGUCCGUCCGUCCGUUCGUCCGUUUUUAUUUUCGUGAGUGAAAGUACGCGCGAAAAGCAGCAGUCUAAAUUCUACCAGUGUAUGGCCAUGAUGAUGCGUUCAAAUUGUGAUGUGUAAAGUGAUCAUAUUGUCAUAUUACUGAAAGCCGUAACAGCGUGAGGCGGUUUAGCCCCGCCAGCUGCUGCCUUGCUAGUGAUACUGAUGGUUAGCAAUGUGCGCGAAUGUAAAUACCGCCGUAAGUAAUUACCGAGAAUAGUGGAUAGUGCUAUAAAGUGCAAUGUGAAACGGAUACGUACAUUAGUUGUGUAGUAUUGAUAGAGAUAUGUGGUAUUGCUCGGCUCGGUCAGCAUGUGACAAUUUGUCGUGUCUAGAGGCAUUAGAUAGAUGGAUUGAGACACUGAGGACAGUUAUUCAUUCGAUGGUAGAGGAUAAGGUAGACGUAGAAUUGACGAGUACAUCGACUACCGAUAUCAAAAACAACGGCAAACAACGAAUCAAACUCACUGACUAACUUACUUAAUUUCUAAGGAAUACUAUAAUGAAUUACUAAGGAAUGUAAACGAACCUAACCUUAUUACAACAAACACAAAAUACAGGUGGAUCAGUGAUACCAUAUCGCUGAUGGAACGUGACUUGCUGCUAUAGAACCGAUGUCAUGGAGUGCGCGAGUUCGAUGGAUUAUUAGUUGGGCAAAGGCGCGACCAUUAGUAAUGAAAGGCGAUUUUGAGUGCUCCCACGUCUCGUGGCCUAAUCGUCCAAACAAGUCUUGGUCUGCAAAUCGAAAUUUCAAGGGUUUAGAAAAGGAAAUAAUGCACGCAACGCCCAGAUCAAACUGAAAACGUAUCAAAUACGGAUGUGGAUUACAAGGGCAUACUCUGCCCUUAGCAGAUUCGAUCUACUUGACUUCGCUGGACGUGCCGUUAAAUAUUCUGUUAGUGGGUAUUGAUUGAACGCUACCAACCCUGUACUCUAACAGGAUGCCAUGUAGUGCUGCAAGGAGAAAUGCAGAAACAUACUACCGGGACAUCUCCGAUGUUACUGAUAUGUCGAUACCAUACCAGCAAGAAGGAUCAUCUAUCCGAUGUGGCCAUCAGCAGGCCGUAACCAAGUGCCGCGUGGAAUCUGCAGUGUGUAUGCGCCGCGUUUUGUCAUACUUUGGUUGGACUCUUUAUGUAUCCCAACUUUCAUCUUAUUACAGCUAAUAUUAUUAUACGACACUCUUCAAGUUGUUCGCUUUCCGGCACCCGUGGGUAAAGUAUUGAUACCGGCCCGUGGUAGUGUUUCUUGCGCACAGUGUACCGGUGACGAACGCUUUCAGCGUCGACAAAAAACGAGGCGCGACGUGAUUUCGGUUAGUCGAAAAUGACGGUCGGAAAGGAACUGGAUCAUACCUCCAGCACAAGGUGGUCAGUAUAAGUAGCUGUUGUCUCUCGUAGUACUGCUGUAGAAAUCGUCAGCUACGCGUCACUUCCUCUGCCACACUCCCCGCCACGACGGGGCACCGAGCGCAACCUAACUCUGCCGGAUUCCUACUUCUACCUUGGCCGAUCGAGGUGAGCAACAUCAACAAUAAUACCAAUAACAGUGGUAAGAAUAGUCAACAACACAACGACAUCAACAAAGUUCAAUUACUUUACCUCUAUAAGGACAGGGGGCUUGAGGGUGAGGCCAGGCAAGAAAAGAAACUACCGAAGCAGCAGCAGUAUUAACUACAGCAAUUGGUGUCUGGAUCAGCGUCAAAUUUGCUCCCCAGCUGGAUCGUCAUCAUUCUCGUUGUCGGAGAUCGUCAAGAUCUCAACGACAAGGACGGCGAAAAACACCCUCUAACACAAACGAGAGUCAUCGACGAGGAUCCCAAGAUGACUUCGCAGCUACAACGUAAUGCGGCAGCUAUCGUCGCACCGCCAAUGAGUCAUAGUGCGAUCACAGCUGCAGACGUUUCGCCGUCGUCGUCAUCGCCAUCGUUAGUGGAUUGUCCUGAGCUUGGGAUGACGUCGGGAACGCGAGCUGGCGAGGACGUUAUGUUUCGGCAUGAUCCGGUUGUUACGACUUCGAUAACAAUGGCUGGUAGUCCACCCGCAAGUGUACAGCAAAUGUUCCACCAAGGGCCGCGAGUGGCUGUAAGCCAGCAGCAGCAGAGCGUGUACCCCGUCAUGCCAGAUCAGUAUACUUACUCAUCUCUGUCUGGAGUCAUUUCUGCACCAGGUCUAGGACCUAACACCCCUUCCGGUAGCUGCGGUGGGGGACAACGAAGUCUCUCUCGAGGUAGCAGUCGGAGCAGCGGCGGUGGCGCUGAAUCGUCAAGUAGCUGCAGCGGCGAAUGCGGUAGUUUAUGUAAACACGGACAAUUUGGUGUCGGCAGUGACGAUCUGGUGAACGAUGAACCGGUUAUCGAUCUGACGCACCUUAGCCUGGAUGAGCAGCGCCACAUACUCGCUGUGAUGGCCAGAGAUGAGGCGCUCAGAAAGAUGCAGGACAGACGAAUCCUACACCUGAAAGCGGAACUACAACGUCUGCGUAAGCGGGGAGCACUGCGACCUGGGCUCGAUCCUGAACGGUCGUGUGCGCGGUGCCUCUCUCCUUUGGGCCGCGUUCUCAACCGGGGUGUGCAGUGCCCAGUCUGCCGCAAGAAGGUCUGCAAAGACUGCCGUCUCUACGAUAGUGGAGUCCUCACGUCACCCAGUAGCGGAUCCACGAAUACCGGUAGCAGUUCAAACAACAACUCCGCCCAUUGGAUAUGCGUACUCUGUCAGAAGCAAUUGGAGCUAAAGGCAACGAGCGGUCAGUGGAUGCAGGCGUCGCCCUCGUCUUCGUCGGCGGGAUCUCUUCGUGGGGCAGCAUUAGGGGCAGGAGGAUCGGCAUUACCGUGCGGAGUCGGCAGUGGAGGCAGCGGCGGGGGUGGCAGCAAAGAAGCUGGAAAUUACCGACGCCGUUUUCCUCAGAGCGGUUCGCCGCCUGUCGUCGUAUCACCAAUUCUGUCGGCACCGAACUCGGUGCCGGCGACCCCCCAGCACGGGUCGCGGUUGCCACCAGGGGCGACGGUCCUGCCAACGCCAGUAUUGCCGUCGCAACUUCAAGCCGCAGCUUCCAAUCCCGAGCAUAUCCCACGCAAGUUUCUCGCCGCCCAGGCAUAUUACAAGCUUCAACAACAGCAACAGCAGACCAAUGGAGGAAAUUUAGCGGUGAGUGACAAUUUCCAACAUAACGACAACAAGAGCGACACAUACAACAACGAUUGUAAGAACAAGCCUAGAAACCACAAUUGGGGCAGCGUCAACAAAUCUGUAGCUGACGGAGGUGCUGCUGGUACCGCAUCCGAGCGUGAUGGGGCAACCACAACAACAGCCCCACCUGUCGAUGUUGUCGUGUAUGAUGACGUUUCGUUACCACCACGAACGCCUUCAUUGCCCUCUAUUGGUCUGCCUUGUUCUGCUGAUCUGAGUGACCAUCACCAUCAAACUCAAUAUUGCAACCUCAACAACCAAUCAAAUUACCACCUGAUUAACACCCAAUCAAAGGUCGAUGUACCAAGUGCGCCAUUAAAAUUCGGACCCGGAUUCGAUAGCUCGCCUCAGCGGCAAACGCCUCCACCUUCGCGAAGUCAUUCACCUCAAACUCCGCAUCGACGUAGCCCAGCCCCACGAAGUUCUUCCACUCACUUGUCAAGUCCCUCAACUUCACCGUCACCGUCGCUCAACGGCGUCCCAAGACGAUGCACACCAAUUAACAAGCACACAAAAGGUUCCACUUCCGCUAAGACUUCAUCAUUAUCAACGCUCAGCUCGGAGACAAGCAGUAUCGCAAGUAGCGGAGGCAAAGAACCUUCAACACCUCACCAUCUUCUCGUUGGUACAGCGUCAGCAACGAACUCGCAACAAACGGAACAUAAUAGCCUCAAUCACAGCUGUAGCACAACCGCCUUGAAGAGAUCCCCUGUUCUACCUGCCAAGCCGAAGAGAUUAGAUGAACGCUCCGUCAGCUCCGCCACCAGUGGCACUAGCAGUAACAACAAAGCUGUUUCGGUACGAAACAAGGGCCGACUUACCAGUGAACCCCACUUCUCUGGACCUGGUCGAGUUAUCCUAGGUUCAACUUUGUCAGGAACUGGGAAUCAAUCACCAAGCUCAUCGAUUGGUUUGAGUUCUCCGGGGGUAACAGCAACUAGUGCCGGAAUAUGUGGGGCGGCAGGUCCCAUCCAGCAACAGCCCGUUUCCGCUCAGUCAGUGCCUUUAUCUUGGCGAAGUCAGCGUGAAAAUGCGUCUAACUCACUCGAGAUAGUUGACAGUCACUUAGGUUCGCUCAGCCCCCAGCCAGGACAAGCCUCAACCUUACACCAACAAUCACGACAAUUUCGGCCGCAUUCGUCGCCUGCCGUCGGCCACGGCCCCAGUGGCAGUUCUGGCGACGGUAGAGUCGAUGUUGAUUUGGGACAGGCCGUAACCGGCCAAAGAGCAAGUUCGCCAACUAAUUCCGAUAGCAGCAGCAAAAAUGACGUGUCUGUGAUAUUUAGGAGGGUAACAAUCAAAAAGAAGGCUGAAUCAAACUCAUCGACAGGAAGCAGCGAUACGCAAGCCUAUAAAACGAUUUCAGCUACCCAAGGUGGUGCCGGACCACGUGGUGAGCAAUCUGCCGACCCCUAUUAUCAGACCGUGAUCGGUCCGCGCGCACCCCUUGAGACCGAUCACCCCAGUGCCCUUGCAAUCGACCCCCCUAAGUGUCUACCUUUGAGCAACCGUUACCCCGACCUGCUGACCUCGUCAAAUCUAGUACAAUUUGAGGACGAUCUCGGAAGCUCGACAUCGACUCUUCAUUCGGCUGCUGACAUGGAGUCCAACUGUUCAGCAUCGCCCAUGAUCCGCCGGUUACAGGCGCAUAUCCGGGCCAGAGCGUCUUUCAGAAUGGCGUGUGCGGCUCCUCUGUCCUGCAGCUCGGAAGAUGAUCGGGACGCGACACUCACUAGAGAAACAACGCCUCCGCCACAGCUGGGCGCUAGUCAGGAGAAAAUUCUACCAGAGGACUAUCAACUGGUAUUCAUUACUUCAUCGGAGUCGUUCUCCGAUCUGAGUGAUUAUGAUGAGCAGGGCCGAAAAAAGCGACGUAAAAAGAAAAAACGCAGCACUCUAAAGGUAAAGAGUCGCUUAGAGAUCGGUUCUGGGGCAUAUUACAUUGAGGAUUCGGAGUGGGAGUUUACCUCAGAUUCUGAUUAUCGUAUGGCUGCAUCGCUUUGCUCUUUAGACGAGAUAUCCGAUGUUGAGGAAAAUAUUAGGGAGAAGGCGAAGAUCAUUGAGCAGAAAUCUGCCUCCCUUGAAGACUUGCCUAGCCUAUUUACUAGAACGGGCAGUGUCCGUUUGAAGCGGAACAAUAGUGUUUGUAGGUCGACACGAAGGUCGAUGCGGUUAAAGAACAGUCCGCUCUUGACGAAACAGGAAAGAGCGGACGAUAAUGGUACGAAUGCAGUCGUUAUGCGUGAAUGCCAUAAAUGCGGCGGAGUGAGAAGCCGAGCCUCUGUACUGAAGACUGCAUAUGGGCCGCCAGCUGCAACAACGGCGUCAUCGACCGGUACAUUUGUGUUUACUGCCACUCCUGCGGUGUCAUCCGUUGAAUCUGCAUUGGAAAAUAUAACCACCCACCCUGACGGGUCCAAAGAUGUCCAUUGUCGACAACGACAGCAAGAUGACAUCGCCAGGCCAUUUGAUGUCGACUUAGAUCUGGUUCAGGACCGUCUUCUCCAACAGCAAUCGCCCUCGACUGACGCGAUGAGCAGACCCACCACGGUUGUUGCUGGUAAUGCUGAUGCAGCUGUCACUGCAGAUGACACUCUGGAGAUUCAACAGCUCUCCCGUUGCGACCACGGCAGUUUAUUGACCGACACCGCGACAAUCAAUACCGUAGACUCUCGUAUCCUUCGUGAGGCCUUGGAUUUCGCUACCGAUACCGAAACCGCGGGAUCUGCGCGGCUCAGGCUUGCCACGAUUCGCGCUGAGCAACAGCAGCGACAACAUUACAACGCGGGUGGUAACGAUCUAACAAUUUUGGCAAACGUAUCUAACGUGAAUGGAAAUAGUAAAAUCAGCAGCAGUGAGAUCGACACUACCAGUAAUAAAGCGGCUGACGCCGUUAGUGGGAUUGGUUGUAGUAUGUGUGGUAACAAUGCACGGACUUUGGUGACAAAUAAGCAACACCGUUCGUCCUCAUCGGAAAGUAUUGUUGUCUCUGCUGCUGGUGAUCGCGAUCGUGCUGGUCCUGCCGUGUUGAUCGCUUCGACCCAGGCCUGCCCACAGACCAGCGGCGACUUGGGAGAGGCCGUCAGUAUCAGCAGCGACUCGGCUAUUACCAUAACUGCUAAUGGAAAUGAUCACAGCAGCCAUAGUAGAAACGAUGAGGACGGCACAUUUGCGUCGCAGUCCUCGACAGAAACAACAGCAGCGGCGGCGACGACUUCCACGUCUACGGCAUUCGGGUCGUAUAACGCUCCUGUAAUUGUUGGGAGUGGUCACUCGCUCUGUAACAGCCAUCCCAGUGAGAGCUUUUCUCAGUCGUGUCAGCCGUCGGUCUCAGAAUCCAUUUCUUCUAACAGUGGCCCCCUUGCUCUACAGAAAAGCAGCGGUCGUCAAAGUGUCACCGACGUACGCAAGGUUAUAGUAAUCACUCAGCGACAAUUCUGUCCAAUAGCAGUCUUCGAUAGCAAUUGCAAUACUAGCGUUAAUGAUAGUGGUUUUCAAGAGAACACGAACGUCACCAGCGGCUCGCAGCUGUCGACAGCAGAAACGGCACGUGACGCCGAACUGUUAGCGGGUUCAUCUUUACCAUUGCUGUCAUCUGCUGAUCGACUUCAACAGAAACGCAGCGUGCCAUCGAGUGCAGAGGACCUAGCUAAGACGGAACAGGCGGAGAGCACCGCUGCCGGCUGUAGUCGUAAGCGCAGAAGCGCCAAUCAUAACGGUGAAGGUGACGCGGACAGCGGCGGCAACCGCAUUGAUAACGACAACGGCAAAGGCCACCGUUGCAGUAGUGAUCGCGGCGUGAUACCGUCACAGCCAGCCAUGGUUCUACUAGGGACAGCAUUGGCCAAUUGCGCCGAAGCUGCUGCUGGCGCUAGAGGAGGAGGACGAGGAGAAGGCAGUUUAGCAGCCGCGCAUCGCUCCUCGCCUGCAGGCGUCUGCCUCACUCGGGCGCCAUGGCCAGAUCCGCGCCUAGCUCUCAGUGUGGCCGCUGACUGCGGUGAGGUGCGCUUCCUACCGGCUGGAUACGAACGAUGUCUUCCAACCACUACUACUAGUAGCGCGUGUGUUUUUGAUAAUAAUCAUACAGUUUGUGCUAAAAGUGUUGUAGGUGAUGGUGCAAUUAUUUUUGCAGCUGCUCGUGGUGAUCGCCCGCAACAGCAGCAGCAAAAAAAAGAUCGAUGUAGUAAAGUCUCGUCGUUGGCUGUAGCUCACCGGUGGUGCAUCGAAUCGCCGAGUAAUUGUGCGACUGUGUUAAAUAGUAGUGGAGUGGAUAAUUAUAUUUGUGAAUCCGAGGAUUACUGUGGAUUAUCUACAACGGCAGUCAGGGCUAAUGGUAAUAAUAGCGACGACGAUUUCCGUGCACCUACCCCACCUGCGACAGUUGCCACUGUUACUACCGAUUUAGAUAAUUAUAACAGUCAAACUCACCAGCAACGCCAAAACAACAUUAAUAAUAAUAAUCGAGAACAACUAUUCCAGCAUCGUGAAAUUGGUGGCGCCAUUGUGGACAUUGUUGAGCGCAACGUAAAUCAGCUUCAACAACAGCCUCAAGGAAUACACAAGUACUUUCCACCUAGGGACGCUCUCUACGAGACUCCGCGAGGAGUCGUUACGUCGUUGGAGAAAUACUUCACCGAAGAAUUGCUCAUACCACAGCAAAAUUUCGAUUGCUUCGAUGACUACGAUAGUGAUCAGGAGCCGCCUGUGCCUCCGGCUCAGGGUUAUCUGAUCGAGGAGGAGAUCCUGAGCGACGUGUCGAGCUCCUCUGACGACCUGCUUGCUCUGCAACCUGGCCAACAGCCGGUGCAACAGCAGCUGCAACAACUAGCGAUGCAAGCGGGGGCCACAAUGUAUGGCAAUCCGCAUGCGUUCUCAUUACACACCAUUGUUGAAGACUCAUGUGAAGAGUCGGAACACUCGGCCCCGAGCUCGCCGCAGGUCCAACGACAAUCGUCUGAGCUUGAGCAGUAUUUCAGCUAUGCUAUCAACAACGUCACGGAAGAUGAGCAAAAGCGGUGGUCCGUAGUCUCGGAAGAUUUGAGCGAUACCGUGUCAGAGGCUAGCUAUGUCUCGGAAGUCACCGAAGAGGACCCAUCGUUGUUGGCCAGCUCGCGACUGGAAAAGUACUUUAAUAAUUUAGUCGGUGGAUGCCCUGACACGCUUAGCCUAAAAGAUGAGCUCCUAAUAGAAGAGGAUACGCUGCAAAGUGGCUGCUUCGAGGAAGAUACGUAUAAUACGAUUAAGCGGAAUAAAAAGACCAGCAAAGAAUGCAGCCCAUCUAAGGAAAUCGGGGAGCAGGAUGACCUUGACUCAUCACGGGAAGAUGGCGAUGUUACCGUCAUCGAGGUAACCGCCUGCCCGGAGAGAACGCUUUUGCCAAACCCUUUGGCAGAGGCGACAUUCGCAGCCAAAAGUCCAGUCGAGAUGACAGACGACGUUCUAAAGUGUGAAUUGAGUAAGGGAGGCAAAGCGAAGGAAGACAGCAGUGAAGAUGACCAAGUGGCCAAAAUGGACAUCGACGACGACGAAGAAGAAGAAGAUGAGGCUGACAUGGCAAAGAUUGUUGACGUCGUCGAGAAGACACCGUCACCCGAACAUCUUGACGAAAUCGAUAACUUACAGAAGCCUCUGAAGGCUAUUCGACUCGCAGAACAGCUGGAGAACAUUGCUAUCAAAGGCAAAAUGAAACAUAACGAUGCUCAGAUCAACACCGGCGAGAUGAAAGCAUCCGUCAAAGAUCGUGUGACCAAAAUGAACAACGCGUACGUUGAGCAUAAAAACGCCGUCAAUAACCAGCCGAAAAUUUGGCCGCGCUGUUCACCUCGGAAAUCUAGUCCAGACACCGGUAAAAAGGUGUCCUUCAAAAAUGAAGACGUACCUGACGAAGAGGUCGCAUACGUUGUUAACCGGGUUAUCGCACACAUCUCGGGAUCUCCUGACGUUGAUCGGCCAACAGAGAAGGCUAAUACACCUGGGUGGAAGUCACUUCUUGAAGAUCAUAUCACAUCCCUCAUGCAGAGGGUUUCUCCAUGCAAUAACAAUGCAGAUAGUACGGUUACAUCGAGUAAUAACUCGGAUUAUGGAAGCGACACUCUUGAGUCAGAGGAGUACCCUACUGAAGAAGACAACAAUAAGAAAAACAAGGAAGCAUCUGAUAAAGAAGCUCUUUCCGAUGAGACACUUUUCAUCUGCAGAAAGCUAAUGACCUCAUUAAAACAGCUUAGCUCUAAGUCGCCUUCGCCGCCGGUGGUCACAGAGUAUGCCAAAGCGCAAGAGUACAUUCAGGAUCAGAUCGUAGCGCUAAUGCACACAGUUACAGCAUCCCGCAACGGGUCUCCUACUCUGAACUUGAAGGAGCGCAAGAAGCUUCAGGGUUCGCCGAAUCUGUCGGAGAAGCAGAGUGAAUCCGGUAGCGAAACCGUAUCAGCGUCCAUCAGCAUUCCUUCGUACGAUAGUGAUGAGACUUCGGCCACAGAGCCUGUCAACAAUCAAGAGAUGGAAGAGCUUUACAAUAUGCUAUCUGAUAAUGUGUCCCUGUCAAAAUUAUCCUGUUGCGAUGGUGAGACGGACCACAAAACAAUGACUACAGUUAGUGCACCGGUACCUAUGCCAAGAACAAAAACGCCUCCAAAGUGUGAACUCUCACCAUUGCAGGCUAUUCGAAUCUCUUCUCCAUCGGCAAAAUACGAUUCUACGUCGACGUUGACAACAGGUUCAGAUACAGAUUUUGCAGGUUCGAUGGAGACAGUCCUUGAGGUGAAGGCCACAUCGGAUGCUAUCUCGCCGGAGCUGGGACCAGAGCUUGAUUCCGCUGAUAUGAGUCGGUCCGAGUCUUCUCUUUAUGUCAAAGCCAAGAAAUUAUCGAAUCGAGGAACUGAUCACCUAAAUAAUAAGCUGGCAAAGAGCAAAAUAGCUUCAAAGUCGGAGUGCUCAAUCGUUGAAACGAAAGACGAUGACGCUAUAACUGGCAAAUCAGUGUCGGAGCAUAACCUCUUUGCGACGCCAUCGGAAAACGAGAAAAGCCCUGUUAACCCCUCGCAAUCCGAGGAUAACAUUCUCGACACUCAGCGAUCCCGAGAUACAGGCUAUUAUUCGUUUAAGAGCUCGGACGAAAGCGUAGAACAACAAAAUGCUAGUAGUCCACAGGUCACUGAACAAACAUCGGAGCCUGUGAGGCCUGCGCGUAGCGCGAGGCAAACAGGAGGGAAACAGGCGUCACCUUUACCGACAGUUCAGCACGCUUUAUCGACACCAAACAUUCACGAAGCUUUUGCUAACGGCAAAUUCUCUACGCUUCCGCUAAAGCCAAAACGGAUGGAAGUUCCUCCAGAAGCUGUCUCAAUGACCCUUAAACCCAACAAAGAAAAACACUUUUCAUCGUCAUUUUUCUCUACGUCGGCUGUAUUACGGAAGCUCACCCUCAAAGCUGAUGAAGCAUCCGAGCCUGGAGGGUCGCCAGGUUUACGCUCCGCACGCUUCCGUGUUCGGGGGGGGCGCGGCUCGGACGCAGAUUCCGCUUCCUCGAGCGACAACCUUCAUAAAUUGGGUGGAUUCUCGAAGAGUCACACCAGCCUCUCCACAUUGGGAUCAACGACCACCGUUAACCAUCCGGGUGGUCGUUCGGAAAGUAUGACAUCGGUAUAUUCCGCAGCUGGAGGUGGUCGUUACGGGGCCGUGUCUGUAACCGGCGAAGUCAACUUUGGUCUUUCGUACGAUCUCCAGCAGGGCGUCCUUAAUGUCCUGAUACGCGAAGCGAAAAAUCUCGCAGCGGUCGAUGAGAAACGAAAUCGAUCGGAUCCCUAUGUCAAGGUAUAUUUGUUACCAGAUCGUAGUAAAUCUGGAAAACGCAAGACAAAAGUACGGAAACACACGCUUAACCCUGUCUUCAACGAGGUGCUGCGCUUCUCGGUGGAACGCACCGAGUUGACGUCUCGAACCUUGUGGCUUUCGGUAUGGCAUUGCGAUAUGUUCGGCCGAAACGACUUCCUUGGGGAAGUUAUGAAGGACCUCUCGUCGGAUAUGCUUGAAACCAAUACUUCUCACUGGUACCCGUUGCAGAAAAGGGUGGAUGCCAUAGAUGAUGGAUCGUUAGGCAUCGGUGGAGGUUUGGGAGGUCCGUUGGGAAGCGCUUACAGAGGUGACUUAAUGUUAUCUCUUAAGUGGGCUCUUCAUGACCAUCGGCCCGGUAAAGGCUCACUGCACGUCAUCGUUAAGGAAGCCUCGAAUUUGCAGGCCACCAGAUCGAAUGGAACCUCUGAUCCCUUCUGCAAAUGUUAUUUACUUCCGGAUCGGCACAAGAGUAGCAAACAGAAGACAGCUGUGGCACGUCGUUCAACGACUCCCGUCUGGAAUCAUCCAUUCGUGUAUCACGACGUAUCAUUGGCCGAACUGCGCGAACGUGCCCUUGAGCUUACUAUCUGGGACUACGAUAAAAUUACCUCCAACGAUUUUCUCGGCGGGGUUCGACUAUCGUUAGGAACUAGAAAGUACCAGAAUUCAUUAGUUGAUUGGAUGGACUCACAGGGCGAAGAGAUUCGACUUUGGCGUCAAAUGCUUGACAAGCCAAAUCAGUUCGAGUAUCCUUUUGCAGUUAGCUCAGGAACGACGAAAAAGAAGGAGCGAUAUGAAUGGGUCGAGAAGAGAUCCAAGGACGACGAUAGCCUUGCAACUGCUACAUGUGGUCGUUGUGAACGUUAGAAAUAUUGAAGAAAACGCGCAUAGACGCCAAUUGUGGAUAGCGUCCAGAAGCGUGAAGCGGCAGUAGCAGGUGGUGUUGUAUCAUAUUGACCGAUUCUGCAUAAUAAAUACAUACAUACACAUACAGACGUAACGGUAACUUUGUUCGGAUCACUCCGCUGACUACCUUACGUGACGAAGGCAGCAUGCGUGAUGUGAACCUGACAGUUAUAGUUGAAUACGAGACAAAAGCAACGUAGAGAAAGGUGGAAAGUCCGAGAAUGGUAAACCCGAGACGCCCGUCUUGCGUGCCAAACGUGUACAGAACAGCGAUCGAUGAUUUAGCGAAAUUUGUUACUGGCGAUGCCACAGAUAUCACUAUGAGUAAUUACGCAAACAGAUAAACCAAUAAACCGAACCAUAUAUAAACCGACAUAGUGCCUGCGUUAGUUAGUUGAGCCGUUUAAUGUUUGCUUCCACAUGGCGUAAUGCAAAUCAGUGGCUGAUGAAAGAAGAUGCAAACAAACCAAUAGUCAACUAAUGAUACUAUGAGAUAUCAUCCAGAAUGUUAUUGGCUACGCUAAAUGAUGGAUAUGCCCAGACGUAUUCGGUAAUAGUGGGCGAUAAUUUCUGAAGUAACUUUAUUAAGUAGACAACAUCAUAUGAGAUCUACAACUACUCAUAUAAUGGAAGCUAGCGAUACGGAAAAGGCCUGCAGGACCCUGAAGAGACCGUAUUUCCAAAACGUGGUGGGAUAUUUAUUGAACACACAUUUCACACCCAUAUUAUGGUAGCGUACAUGUGAUAGGUGAGCGCAGCCUAUAGAGAAUUUAAAGCAUGAUUCACGCAAAGCUCAUUACAGAUGCAUAACCUCUAAAGAUAUCGGAAAAAGAGGCUAACGCUAAGAUGUUUGUUCAAUAUAAACACUAGGUUAUAUAUUUUGUAUAAUGCACCAAUCUAUUUUUUGUAUCUGUAUUGCAACGGUGACAACUACGGUGAGAAUAACAGCUGCAGAAGAAUGAAACCCUAGUUACCGUGACGGCCGCUGGUUCAACUGUUAAAGCCUAAAGAAAAGCAAAAGGCAAAGGGAGAACACGAUCAGGCCCCGGAUUAGGCACAUCGAGGCCGCCAGUGCGUUCAUUUCCAGGACGAGUAAGUUUCUUCUGCAAAGAAAGACUGGUUGGUAAGCUGACUUCCCAUGGCCAAGGGAAACUGCUUGCUAUUUACUACUGUUAUUAUGACACGGUUGGUAUCAAUAAUGGUGAUAAUAAUCAGCCGUACUAUUUUCCAGGCGAUAUUAUGUAACUAUUCUCUGCCGCACGUCUGUUUUUUUAACCGACUAAAAAGCUUCUCAGAGACGACUAGGAGUUCCUCGGCGUCAUUGUUGGCAAAUGUUAAAAGUGCAAAAAGAAACUGACACAUGAAAUGAGAAUAUAUAUAUAUAUAAGUUCUCUCUUUGAAUCGCACACAAUGAUGUUAACAUUGUCUGUAUAAUCUCUGAAUCGUCUCGAUGUUCAAACAGACGUCAGUAAGAAAACCAGUGGCAACAGUAUAGAAAGAAAACUAGACGAACGAAAAAAAAAAAAAAUGAUCGUAAUAGUAAUAA